UUUCAUUGAUGACAUCAACGAAGGUCCUGUUUUGUCCCAAAGCCACUAUGAGGUCACUGUCAGAGAAGGGGAGGAGCCAGGACGAGUUAUUGCCACAAUCAGAGGAUAUGACCCUGACUCUCAUCCAAUCAGGUAUUCGCUGAGAGGAGACACUAAGAGGUAUUUCUCUAUCGGGAAGUAUUCAGGAGAGCUCAAGACAGUCCAGGCUUUGGACAGAGAGGAGAACCACACCUACACCAUGGAGGUGGUGGCAGAAGAUGGCCGUAACUCCUCUCUGUCCGCCUCCACACUGGUGACUGUACACAUUCUGGAUGUGAAUGACAACAGCCCGGUUCUGGUGGGCGAUUAUUCCUGGAAGUACCUGUGCACACCUCGCUGGGAGGAUCAGGCUCUGGUUCUGGCCUCUCGGGACAGUGAUGGCCCUCAGCAUGGAGGAAGGCUCAACUUCUCCCUCCGCAGUGAUGCCACUGUCCGCCGCACCUGGAAACUCACCCCCAUCAAUGACACCCACACCAACCUGUCUUUGAAUGUGCCAUAUCUGCCGCCAGAGGUUUACAUCGUACCUUUUACCAUCUCAGACAGCAGCUCUCCUCCUAGAAGCACGUUCAUCAAUCUGCCAGUGACGGUUUGCCCAUGCAACGUGAGGGGGAACUGCAGAACAGCACCAAAACAGCUGGAGGGCAUGCCCACCAUUCAGUCAACAGUGGGCAUCCUGCUAGGAACGCUGGGAGUUAUAGGUGUUAUACUGAUUGUUAUAUUCGUGAGACUCUCCUACCAGAAUGCAACACCACCAAACAAAGACUGCCAGGAACGGGUGCCGCUCAAUGUGUCUCUGUAGUUAUGGAGGUCUUUGGAGACUACUGGGUCAUUUGUUAAUUGAAUCAAUUGAUGGAUUUUUUUUUCUGCUUAAAUGUUAGGUUUCAGCAGGCAUACAGUGCAUCU